CGGAGAACAUGAUUGGACGAAGCGAGCGCGUGGCGGACGGGGACGAAAUCGGUGCGGCGUUUCGCCGAUCUUAAGAGGCGAGAGCGGGAUUGGCGGACAGGUUUCAAUGAAAAGAUGGCAGUGAAACUAUUGGGAUUGCUGGCUAGAUCUUCACAUACAAUAAGCCAGUGCCGAUGCUUCCCUACAUAUGGAUAUUUAGCAUCAAGCAACAACUUACUAUCAGUAAAUAAAUAUCUCGGGCAACACAUCCCAGAGGCAACUUCUUCUAAUUUUACUAGCAAUUGCAUGGACAUUUCAAACUGGUUUAGUCCACAAACUACUAUUAGUGCUGCAGCAAAAAUUAUCAAUUACUUGACCACGGAUGCUUGCCCUUCAUCCAGAGAACUUCAUCCUCUUAAAGCUUCGAUUUUUAAGCACAAAUUAAAACAUAUAAGAACACUUACUGAAAUAGCAAAUAGACAUUACUCAGUUUUAUCACCUAGCAAAAUUCAACCAAAUCCAGAUAUUGUACCAGUUAAGCGUCUACCAAAAGCAUCAAGGACAAAGCAGCCAUCAAGAGCUAAUCUGCCACUACCAUCUGAAGCUAAGGAUGUAAUGCAGUGUAUAGCCUUUGCAACAGCAGAUGCCUAUCAUCUUGGUAAUCUGUGCCUUGACCUGGUCUCAUCUGGAUAUGUUGAAAUCACAUUACCUAGAGAUGCAGCAAACGUUUUGGUGGUUGGCACAGACAAAACAGCCAAAGAACAUGAUUUGGGGAUCAUAUUUUUCUUCAAGGAAGGGUCUGCUGUGUUUUGGAAUGUUGAAGAAAAAACAAUAAAGAAUAUUUUUCAAAAGCUGGAAAAACAUGAGGUCCAGCCUUAUGAAAUUGCAUUAGUUCACUGGGAAAACGAAGAGAUCAGCUACAGAAGAGGAGAAGGGCAAUCAAAGCUUCACAGAGGAGAAAUCUUGAUCAAUUCAGAUACAGAAGUGGAUGACAUCGUUUUAGAGAAGUUUGCUUUUUCCAACGCUCUGUGCCUUUCUGUAAAACUGGCCAUUUGGGAAGCAUCACUGGAUAAUUUUGUAGAAUCUAUCCAAUCAAUACCUGAGAUGCUUAAAUUAAGAAAGAAACUGAAACUCUCUCAUGCUGAUGUUAUGCAGAAAAUUGGGGAACUGUUUGCCUUGAGGCAUCGUAUAAAUCUGAGUUCUGAUCUGUUGAUUGCCCCAGAUUUCUACUGGGACAGAGAACAUCUUGAACAACUGUAUGAUAAAAUGUAUCGGUUUCUCAGUAUUGAUCGCAGAGUUAAGGUAGUAAAUGAAAAGCUCCAGCAGUGCACAGAACUGACAGAUCUGAUGAGAAAUCAUUUGAAUGAAAAACAUGCUCUGCGCUUGGAAUGGAUGAUAGUAAUACUCAUCACUAUAGAGGUCAUGUUUGAACUUGGAAGAAUGCUUUUCUGAUACCAGGAGUACAUUGCAACAGACAUUUUACGAGACCAGUCGCUGUCCGAGCAACAGGUUUAUUGGACUUCAGCUUUAUUCAUUUUGGAAAGUGAGCAAAUGUCAUGAUAAAUUUAUGGACAUUUGCUACAAAAUGAUGGGGAGUCUGUGCAUUUAAUUUCAUAUUUCAUCAGUUACUAUGUUCCUUGGAAUUCAUAGUGUAAAAGCAUUGUGAGGCUGGUUUUCUAUCUUAAUGGAUGCAGAUUAUCUGUUACAUUACAGGAAAAGGAUAUACAGUAUGUACCACAUUCAGCAGUUUUCUGUAUAUAAGCUGUACAUUUUCUCAUAAUAUAUUCAAUAGAAUUAAGAAAAAUAUGUACAUAAUAUGUCAUUAUGUAUAUGGGGAGCUAAUGCACAGAAAAUUCUAAUAUAGUUCAUUUAUAAAGGAAGAGUUAAAAUUAAAAAUUCUCUUCAGCUAAAAACUGUCUUUCGAACUGUUUUAAUCACAAAGAUUUUAUAAAUUCAGACUGGAUUCUUCAUGAAGCAAGAAGGGUUUAAUGUCUGACUAUAUUGCUUUAGGCAAAUUUUCCUCAGUAACCAUUAUGCACCUAUGAACACCAACUGAAAAGCUGUGAAAUAAAAUAAAUUAAUCUAAUAUCUAGUAAAAUGACUAGUAUCUAGUCAAAAUAGUUUGGAUUGAGAGACCUUAAUUUUGCUUCAAAGAAAUUAAUGCAUUUCUUCAAAGAAGCAAGAUUAAAUUCUCUCAAAUCCAAAAUAUUUUGACUAGCUAUAUCAGAAAACUCAUGAAAGCUUUAAAUUUGUACUCAGGAUCUGGUUCUCAACUAGCUUUCCAAAAUUUAUCAUGAAUGUUACAGUUGUCAGAUUUUAACAUUUUUAUAAGAGUUUAAAAUAAAUUUGCUCUUUAGUUAAAGAAAAUGGGAAGAACUUUUGUAAUUGAACUUACUGCUGAAAUUUUAUCAUGGGAAACAGAAAAUAUACCUGAUAGAAAGCUCUGUUCAUAAUUUUCUGUUUUUUUAUACUGCACAAGUUUAUACAAUAAAAAGCUGAAAGCA